CAGUCAUCCGCCACGGCGACCGAGGUCCCUUCCGGCGGCGGAGGUUCCGAUGGACGCGCUCCCGCCGCCGCCGCCGCACCCUCGUACGCCGCCGCCGCGUCGCCGCCGAUGGCAUCCGCGGCGGCGGUGGCGGCGACUUCCGAGCAGCCCGCUGUGCCGCAGCCGCGGGGUGCACCGCCGCUCCCGCGUGAGAUGCAAUCGCUCUCCUACGCGCAGAUGGCGGGAGCCUCGGCGUCCGCCCGCGCGCCCCCGACCGACCGGUCUCCGCAGUCGGCACAGCAGCUGACGGAGCAGUCCACCGGACUGACGCACGAAAAGGGCCAGGGAGCAGCCCCGACCGACGGGCGGCCGACCUCGGUGCUCCUGCGUCCACCGCUCCCGCCCCAGCAGCCGCCGCAGCCGCCGCAGAUCGACCGGGCGGCGUCGCUCACGGAGCGGACCAGCGCGCACCCGCGCAACAACGCGUCGCGCGGCGGAGGCGGAGGCGGAGGCGGCAGCUCCGAAUCGUCGCGCCAGCUGCCCGAGCGGCCGGCUUCGGCACCUGUGCGCGGCGGCGGCGGCCACUCGCAGCAGUUUUCAGGCCCCGGCACCCACUUGCUGCGGCAGCAGAUGUUCACGCCGGCGGGGGAGGCGCAGCAGCAGGCGCAGCAGCGGGGGGCGGGGCGGGGCGGGGCGCCGCCGCCGCUCCCGCCUUCGCAGGCGCAGGUUCAGGCGCAGGCUCCGUCGCCCGGCCACGACCGCGGCAGGAGGAGGAAGAACCGCAGCGGUGCCGCACCCACCGGCGAGACGCCGCCGCCUUCGCCGUCCAACUCUGCGGCCGCGUCGCCGGGCGCUCCGUCGCCCAAGCAGCCGCCGCCGCCACCGCCGCCGCCGCCGCCGCCGCCGCCGCCGCCGCCGCCGCCGCCGCAGCCGCCGCAGCCGCCGUCGCCGUCGAGCGGAGGUAAAGAGGGCAGCACCAAGGCGCAGCGGAAGGUCGCACAAGCGGGGCAGCAGGAGCGGGGGAGGGGAGAGGCGCCGAGGCACGGGGUGUCAUCGCCGCCUGUGCCGGCCGCCGCCGCGCCGAACGUCGCUCCGCCGCCGCUCCCCCCCAUGCGCACGUCGAAGCUGCACGACGAGAUUUUCGCGUUUGCGCAGGCGAGCAUCACGCGCGGAGAGGCGGCGCACGCCGAGGUGCAAGGCAUCCUCGCCUCGCUCCGCGCGCUCGUCUCCUCUCGCUGGCCUCAGGCGACGGUCGAGUUGUACGGCUCUCGCGCCACCGGCCUCAGCCUCGCGAGCAGCGACGUGGACGUGACGCUGCUCGGGGUGCCGUGCGGCGCCGGGCGCGAGGCGGUCGGCGGCGCGCUCAAGGAGCUGCACGCGCUGAUGGAGGGGCAGCCUUGGGUUGCGAGCCAGAAGCUCGUCCUGUCGGCCCGCAUCCCCGUGCUCAAGGUCGCCACGCCGAGCAGCAUACCGAUCGACAUCACCAUCUCGGACUCGGCGCAGCACACCGGCUUGCUCGCCCGCGACUUGGUGCUCGGCUACUUGAGCGAGGCGCCGCAGCUCACGCCGCUCGUCCUCGUCCUCAAGUCGUUUCUGCGAGAGCUCGGCCUGAACGACCCGUACACCGGUGGCAUGUCCUCCUACUCGCUGGUCGUGCUGCUGUGGCUCUUCGUGUGC